AUGGUUGAAGAUUUGGAAAGCUUGGCCAAAUGUGCAAAAAAGUCUCAUAUUUAUAAUGCCCUUCAAGACAGCGUGUUCAAAAGCUUGGCCAAGUUUAUUCUAAGUAUUUUUGAUACGGAAGAUCUUGAACGAUUCAACUUUUAUAAUAGGAUUGUAUCUGAAAACAAAAAAUUUUAUCGUGAAAAGUUGUUACCUCUACCUCUAGAGGAUUGUGAUGACCCUGCGAAACUUAUUGCUGAAGGGAAGAUAACUCUAGAUGGUUUUCCUUUGUUGACGGAGUAUGAUAUGGGAUUUCUUAUUGAGGAGUACAAGUCAAACUUUAUAGCGCACAUACGAAAAUGGACACCAGCUGUAGUGGUUGAGUUUAUGAAUUUUGUGACUGAUGAAAUUGAAGGCUGUUGCUUCAAGAAAGGACGCCACAAACGUUAUCUGGAAAUGGCCAGAACUGUGAUGCUUCAGUUUGCUCCUUUGAAGGAGGAGAUAAAGAUGCAUACAAUUAUGGAGAAUGGUUUAUCUCCAUGUUAUUGCAUUACAGAUGCAUUGCGAUAUGAAGCUUUGUCUGAUAUUGGUAUACUGGAUAUAAAGAAUCAUUUAACCUCUGCCGAUUUGGAGGAUAUGCUUGAGGAAGUAGCUUGGAGAACGAACUGUUCAAUGCUUUCGCUGUCAGGUGGGAGAUACGACAGCGUGCGCCUUUUAUAUGUGGGUGUUACUCAUGCAUUGAUGUUUGGGCCUUUUGGUUCAUUUGCUGAUGAGGUCAUUGACUUGGUUAAAAUUGCUGAGGCACGGAGAAGAUAUGAAGGCCACCGAUACAUCAGCAGGCACCAUAUCCUCUGGGCAGUUGGUUUGACAGGAGUUAAGGGCUUUGUUGAGAAGCUUAUUAAUGGUCUAGGAUUGCAGAAUUUAGUUGAAGAACCUGCAGCAUAUCCCCCGUACAACAUAUACAUGUCAGCUCGGACAAUAGCAAAUAUUCUUGGUGAUGAGAUUGUCGGAGUUGAGCAUUUGGUUGUUGCCAUCGCUUUUGAAGUGAAUCAGAGAAGCCUAAAUGGGAAGGGAGAUGUUUCUCCACCUCUUGUUGCAGAUGGAAGUGCAUGGAAUAAGUUCGGAAGCAAGAAAUGUGUUCAAGAGUUUUUAAACGCUGUGAAAAGGUAUAAAAAGAAAGCUGGUAGAAAGUUGAUAAAGUUGCCAACUAAGAUUGUACAAUGGCGGGCUCCAGAAACGAAGUUAUUGGAUCAAUUAAGAAGGGUGGAGAAGGACAUGAAAUAUGGUUGGCAUGAGUUCGCCAGUCUUCGAUGUAAGAGUCCAUAGAUUUUGAUACUGUUACUAAUAUAUAUCCAACCCAUAACUUUUGAUCUGCCUCUGAAGGCUCUUAUUAUUUUACUAUUUAAAUUUUUUUUGCCAGUAUGUUACUAUUAACUAUUAGUGAAUAUAAAUUUUGUUCUAUUAUGAAAUGAAUCUGCCUUGGUUUAACCACUCAAAUGAAUUUGGUUAUAUACUAAUCAAUUUCAAUUUGAUCAAUCUCGCUUCAAUACGUGAAACUAAAAGUAAUUGAUUGAUGCAUUUGCAUCCGUCUUGUUUUAAGCUGUCCUUCCUUUAUCAUCGUAGCUAAUAGGAUAUAACGAAAUUGAAGGCUU